AUGGGAAGAACAGCUACUAAAUCAAACGCAAAGUUGAAAAUCCACCUAGAAAGCGAUCAAUUAGUCAUGUACGGCUCGUCAACCGAAUCGCCUGGCUGUGUCUUGAGAGGUGCCGUGAGUCUACGCUUAACGAAACCAACAAGCGUCAAAUCAAUGAUGCUCUCGUUCUAUGGCACUAUCUCCGUCAGCUGGAAUCAAUGGAAUGGCUAUGAGCGUAAAUACAGUGAUCAGCAAAUCCUCAUCAAUCACAAAUGGUCAUUUUUACCAUUACAGGCGCACAACAAACAUCAUCUACUUGAGGCUGGACACCACUCGUAUGAAUUUGAAUUAGUCUUACCUGGUACGCUGCCGGAGUCAACCCAUGUGGCCAAGUACUACCUCGUACAAUACCAGCUCAAAGCAGUAGCUGAGCGAUCAAGCUUCCUCUUGCCAAACUACACUGCCCGUCAGAGCAUCCACCUGUCCAGACAAAAACUAUCUCUCUCGACCGAUUAUCUGGAUCCUGUUACUGUGGCAAAUCACUGGGCUGACAAACUGGACUAUGAAAUUACAUUGCCUACCAAGGUCUACAGCCAUGGUGAUACGAUACCUGUCUCGAUCCAAGCACUACCAUUAGCACCGAAUUUACAAGUCCGUUAUAUAUCGUGUACGUUCAAAGAGUACAUGACUUGCCGUGCUAUUAAUGGUUGGUUCAAUGGCAAGAACAAAUCCCACGGUCGCAUUAUCCACUAUACAAGAAGAGAUCAAGAGCAACAGGAGCAAGAGCAGCAGAGUCUAUGGUCAACUGUCAUGCAUAUUAAAGUGCCGGAGAGUCUAAUGGACAUUCAGUGUGAUGCGCAUAAUGAUUCUGUCAGAGUGCGACAUAAACUUAAAUUCAUCAUGUCAAUUGAAAAUGAAGAUGGUCAUAUUUCUGAACUAAGGGCUGUAUUACCUGUGAUCAUUGCUAUUACAAAUUCAAUUGGUGGACUUCCGGCAUAUGAAGAGACUUGGAGAACCAUGCCAUACGAUCCGGCCUUAAUGAUGGCAUUGAUUAGACGUUCAACAGAAUCUGCUACAAUUGGAAAUCAAAUCAUCCAUUUAAUGGCACAAAGGAGGCAUCAUGAUAUCAUACCCAGAAAUAGUGGAUUGCCCAGCUAUAGUAGCAUCACAACAACAACAACAACAACAACAACAACAACAGCAGCAGCAGCAGCAGCAGCAGCAGCAGCGGCCGUGGUAACUGGUAGCAACAGUAGUGACGAAGAUGAUGAGAGCCAACAAGACUAUAGACAGCAGCGUUAUUCAUCAAGAUCAUUACCAAGUUAUGAUGACAUUUACUAG